AUGCAGGUGCUCGGCCGCCUGGCCGCCGACCCGGAACUCAAGUCGACCAAGAACGGCAAGGAUUACGUGCGCUACACCGUCGCCACCUCGGAUCCUCCUACCGGCCCUGCUGAGGAUGGCGAACGUGCUCCUACGACCACAAGCUACCACAGGUUCUACGUGUUCGGCGAACGCGGUGUGGACAGGAUGAAGAACAUCAAGAAGGGCUACCGCGUGUUGGUCGAUGCCGAGUUCAGGAUCGAGAGGACGCCCGCCGAGGGAGAGCUGCCUGCUAAGGAUACGCUGCUCGCGCUGCACCGUAAGUACAUGGAUGUUUACGACCCAGUGAUUGCGGUCGCAGUAGCUGGCUGA